CCACGUUUUCCGAUCUUUCUCUCUCCGCCAUUUUGUUUGAAAGAGUUUGGCUCACCGCUGUUCGUCGUGAAUAAGUCGGCCAUUUUACAGUAUGUCUCAAUACAAGGAAAAGGGUGCUGUUCCUGAAGAGGAGGCUCAGAUCCACAGGAUUCGUAUCACACUUACCAGCCGUAAUGUUAAAAGUUUGGAAAAGGUGUGUGCUGAUCUGAUCCGUGGGGCAAAAGACAAGAAGCUAAAGGUCAAAGGUCCAGUCCGUAUGCCAACCAAGUACCUGAAGAUAACCACCCGUAAGACACCCUGUGGAGAGGGUUCUAAGACUUGGGACAGGUACGAGAUGAGGAUCCAUAAACGACUGAUUGAUCUUCACAGCCCUUCAGAGAUUGUCAAGCAAAUUACAUCCAUCAGUAUUGAGCCUGGUGUGGAAGUUGAAGUGACCAUCGCUGAUGUUUAAAUGGUGUAAAGAAAUCAACAAUCAAUAAAAUGUUGAGGAAAAAAUGUACCUUGAA